GAAAAUAUUCCCAAACUUAAUUAUUGGGAAUCAUUAGAAAUCAACGAAUUACCGCUUUGGAAUUCGUUUUCUCAGUACGUAAAACUGCUUGAUCAUUAGUUGUCAUUCUAGCAUCUGGGAACCGCCUCUAGAUGUGCCAAUAGAUGAAGAGGAUGAAGAAAAGUAUUUGCAGGAAGCUCGAAAGCUAUACGACCAUGUGAACGAAAUUGAAAAGUCUUACGGCCCUAAACCUUUACAGACCAUUCCGCUACCGAGGCCGUUGAAGGAAUAUACUUGGCUGGCUUUAGCAGACACUGUCGUAUUUUUACAUCGAUAUCUGACAGACAAUGGAAUGAGUCAUUUCACCUUCAUAGAUAUGAACAGAUGUAUGAGCGAAAAUUCGGAACCGAAGAUUUUCAAGCUUCCUCAAACCGAAAUCGAAAAUGAACCGAGAGCUAACGAGGAAAUGCCAGAAGAGAAAAGAAGCGAGACGGUGAUUGCCGAAGUGGUGGCGGAAACCGACGAAAAAAUGGAUACUAACGUGCCGCCAGAAAGACGACCUUCCCAAAAUAGCGAGACGAAUAAUGAGGGACAAGAUAAUACUCCCGUGCAAACAGAUAAUGAUGAGGAGCAGAACAUGGACCAAGACACCGAACAAGAAGACAACACCGAAUCGAAAGAAAAAGGCAGAAGAGGGUCGAAGCGCAAGCGCGAUUUGUUGUCCGAUCUGCGCACUUGGGGUUGGUACAGCCGAAGGAAACUGUCCAAGAAGGCCAAAGACAAGGAUUUCACGGUGGAGGACGCUUUGGAGAGGAUAGUGCCCAAGAAUUUGUUACCACAUAGGAUCGAUCCGGAAAAGUUCAACAACAUCGAGGAUUCCAUGAAUACCAUGGAUUUGUACAACCUGUACAUGGAUAACAACACGGCGAAUUAUUUGUCGCCGAUUCAUUCGCCCAAAUCAGUCAAUUACGAACCUUAUUUCGGUACAGACAGAGAAAGCGAGGACGUCAAGCGAUUGUGGAAGAAACCCCGCGACUAUUGCGACGCCAUCGUCCUCGUCAAAGACCUGGUUUUCGGCCUGGCCGAGAUCUGGCAGCACAAGUGGCCUCAGGAGCUGAUCCCCCUGUACGUCGAGGCGUACGGCAUGUUUCGAGAGCACUGCGACCAGCCUCAGGACUUGUUCUGCAGCGAUCUGCCCUUCGAGGUGAUACGCAGCGAUGCCUUGGCGACUGUUUUGUACGGGGAGCUGGUCAGUUUCGGGUUCGACAGCAAGGAGUCCAUUCUUCCCACGUCCAUAGGUUACCUUCAAAUAGUCAGCGGCUGGCACGCAGACUGGAAAAAAGAGUCCUCAAUGUUCUUCAACCGCGUCCACUGGCUGCGAUCGCACCUCUUCCGCAAAGAGAACCUCAACGAUCUGGCCGUGAGGGCGCUCGAACUCAUCCAAGAGGUAAUUGGAGAGGAGGAGGAGGAGGAGGAGGAAGGUGUCGGGAGGAGGGAACGCCUGUACAUGUUGAGUCUGCCGAAUUGCGCCCGAUACGGGCUGAUCAGCAGAGAGAUCACGGAGAGGAUUCUGCGGCAUUUGGAUUUGAUCAGUUCGUUGGGGGAUGUCGAGGGGUUGUUCAAUGCCGAGAGGUAUGAGGAGGUGGCCGGGAUCGUGAAGUUGACGUUCAAAAGUGGCGGUACGCACCAUCAGGUGGGUAGAAUGGGCAGACCUGCCCAAUUGGGCAUUCUGAUGCACUCGCUGUGGUUCACCGAUCUGCCGCAGUGCUUCGUCUGGACGGAAGAAUGCUUGAACGAGUCUUUCGACCAAUACCUCAGGUUCAGCAAAGACCACGACAAGUGGAAGAGCGUAGUCGAAAAAUGUUUGGCCAUCCUGCAAGAGAUCAUCAAGAAAGAGACGGUCGCCGUCAUCGACUUAUUGGAAGAGGCAAAAAGGGCGAGAUUGGUCGAGACUUUGGCUAAAAUAGUUUCGAAACAGUUGAACGCCGACGCUAUGACCAACAUCCCUCUCAACUGCGUCACCCCGUGGAUUUUAUUGCACUAUAUUCUACAGAGGGAGGAACACAGACAAUAUGCAAGCAAAAGAAUGAGCCAAAGCAAACGUGAUAGAGUUGAUGAGAGCCAAAGCCAAAAAGAAGAGGAAAAUGAAUUACCAGCUUCUAUUGCAAUUCUGUUUUCAGCACACGAAUUUUUGGGUGCUAAAAAUUGGUGCAUGACGAAUCAAGGGGAGCUUUUGCAUUUUAUAUUGGACACUGUCUUAGACAGAAUCGAUACUCCCAUAUUUGAUAGAUUGAGAAAUAAGAUCGAUGUACAUAUUGAGCAAGCCAUGUUCUGUUUAUACCAACAUCCCAGCAAGAAAAAUAAGGUGUCGAGACAUCUAGCGGACCACAACGUGGACCCGUUGCCGUUGACUUGGGAACGAUCGUUCCAACUGUUCGAAUUCUACGGCCCCGAUAGCCUGCCCGAAUUCAAUUCGUACAAGAACGCCUCUGUCUCUGCCGAUUUGGAGCAGCUGCUCAAACGGAUUAUAGCGCUAGUCCCACAAACGUGCGCUCCCCAACAACACCUGCAAAAGGUCAUGGACUACAUUCACGGUAAGACGGAGGCAUUUCCUCAGGCGAUAGUGUUCCCCGACAAAGUGCGCUCCAUAUACUACCUCAUCGGCGACUUCUACUUCAAGCAGAGGGAGUUCGGCAAGUGCAUCAAGUACUUCCAGAUGGACCUGUGCAUCAACCCGCUGAGGCUCGAUUCGUGGGCCUGUCUAGGUUUGAGCUACGCAGCGCAGUUGGACGCCAAAUUGAACCACUGCGAACGGUUCAAGAGCGAAAUGGAGUUUCUGGAUAAGGCCAAGUACGCCUCGAUAUGCUUCGCGAAGGCUCUGGAAAUUUGUCCGGACCCGUUGAUGUUGUGGAUCGAAUGCGGCACUUUCCAGUAUACCGUGCACUCGUACUGUUCCAGAGUGCUCAAGUUCGAAUCGGAGAAUUUGAGCAUGGAAAAGUUUGAAUUUCUGGAAAACCAGAAGAAUAGUUAUUUAGACAGCUCGGGAAACAGUUUCGAAAAAGCGAUUGCAAUAUACGAAAUGGAAGAAGAAAUGAACGAUGCCGAUGAAAGGUGGCUGCAGUAUUAUAUUUUAGGAAAAAUAGCCGAGAAAAAACAGAAGGAGCCCAACGAAUAUCUACAGUAUUAUAUGACAGCUAGCACCCUGUUGGACGAAAACAAGGCAGAAUACCCCGAAAAAAUAAACUACAACAAUCCGCAACAUUUGGCGGUAGAAGCGUUAGAGCUUCACUACCGAAUCCACGCUUCAGUCUUGAAAUACCUAGAGUUGCACGAAGGCAAAGACAUCCCGAAUGCCAUCGGGACAUUUUUCAAAAAGUGUUUGGGUACUUCCAAGUUUUUGAAAAAACCUCCACCGCCUCCACCACCUCCAAAAACAGAAGAGCCAGCGAAAACAACUGAAAGUAACAGUGCCAGUUUUCAAGAUCAGUUCCUCAAUUCUCUGAACAAAAACAAUGAUGGCAAAAGAUUGUCGUUGGAUGAAGAUGAGAAAAAAGAAGAGGGAAAAUUCUCCACCAAUAAGGAUGAUACAACAAACGAAAAGCAAGACAAUGCCGAAGUAUCUGAUACGAAAAAAGAAACGCCAGAGGACAAAGAAAAAAUAACUGAAAGUGACGAGAAGAAGAAUCCAGUUCCUGAACCGAUCAAAACUGAAACCAUCAUCGACUUGGAUGAUAAUGAUGUGAUAAUGAUUUCAGAUUCUGAUGACGAUGGCGAGAAAAAACAGAAAGAAAGCAGCGUUACGAUUGGGGAUAAAAACUGUGAAAAAAAAGGGGAGGAAGAUGAGGAGAAUGUGGUGACGAUUUCGAAGAGCGAUAUUCUGUGCAAAGAAAGUGACGAUGACGAAACGAUUUUGAUAAGUGAUCCGGUGAAAGAUGUCAAUAAAACUGAGGCAACUAUUGUGAAAAGUGAUAAGGGAGAUGAAAUCGAUGAAAAUGUGGUGACGAUUUCAGAAGCAGAUGUUGGAAAAGUUGAGCCUAUUGAAGAUACAGGUGUUGGACCAACAGGUGACGCCAAAGAUGUCCAGAAAAUGUUCGAUAAAAUGAUGGAGCAAACAAUGAAAGAAACCGAAGAUCAACGAAUGGAAGUCGACUCUGACUUGAGCGGGACUGAAAAAAUCGAAGAAGUAGUUGUUGCCAAAGAAGAAAAAGAUGUCAUUGAGUCACAAAAAGAUGUCAGUGAGUCACAAAAAGAUGUCAUUGAGCUACAAAAAGAUGUCAUUGAGCCAGACAAAGAAGACACUAAGAAGGAAAAUGAAAAGGUCAAAACGGUCAAGAAAGAUGAGAUUGCCAAGUCGAAAAAAACAAAGUCCACUGAUAUGGAAACGGAUGCCGAUAAUGUGAGAACGUCUGUUGAAGAAGAUUCCAGUAGCAGUUCUAGUUCUUCGUCCAGUUCCAGCGACAGUUCAGAUUCUAGCGACGAUGACGAUAGCAGCUCGAAUUCUUCUUCCUCCUCGUCUGAUGCCUCCAACGAAUUUAUGUCGCAUACAGAAAUAUCACAAAUGAUCGAUAAAUGCGUGGCAGGUCUGGAGAUAUGCAUAACCAGGUUGGCGCAAAAUUACAAAGCCCUUUACCGACUGGCCCAUCUGUAUUUCAAUUACAAAUCGAAGAAAGACAUGGUGAAAUGCAAACAGCUCCUCAUGAGCGAGUACAAGUGCAAGGAUGGUACCGUAGUCGGUGGUCUGUUCAAUGAUAGAAAACCAACAAACUUUUUCAAUGGUAUUUGGAGGAUUCCCUCUACUGAAAUCGACAGGCCCGGUUCUCUCUCAGCUCAUAUGAGCAGAUGCAUUACGCUUCUUUUGCAAAUUCUCAGAACCACCAAUGACAAUAAAACGCUAACCGAUCUUAGUUUGCAACUGAGGAAAACUCCCGAACCCGAUAAGAUAUACAUUAAAGAUUCUGAACGCAUGGCCUUCUCCGAACAAGCCUUGACUAUGUGCUCCCAAAGUUUGAGAGGCCAAAUCAAAAAUGUGCCCAACAUGACGCACCAGCAAAUUAUCAAGUUGCUCCAUGAUAUAUUCAAGAUGUAUCAAAGGUUGCAGAAACAAUCACCUGCUAAGGAAAAUCAGUUCGCUAGUAUGCUCGUCGAAGUCUAUAAGAAGUUCAUCAAAGAGAAGAUUCCGGAGAGUGUUAAUGUUUUGGACCUUGCCACCAAAUUUUGUUUACAAAAUAAACAGGUCGAUAAGCAAAAGAUGCAACCACAGAAGAUGGUCGUUUUGAAUCCUAGAGGAACAGGACUUCUGAAUAAUCCGCCCGUCUUGCCCGCCCCUAUGCCCUACCCCCACCCUUCAACCUCAGUGGGGCAGGCGCAGCGCCGCCCACGCGGCCGCCCACCGCUGCCCAAGGCGCACGGAGGGCAGCCGAGAAGCAGGUCGCCCGCAGUCAGCCUGCCCAAAGGCACCAGCCUGCCCAACAAGAUGACGAAUAUGCCCAACAAAGCGGCUACGUUGCCCAAUACUAUGACUGGCCUGCCCAACAAAAUGCAGUCGUCUCCUUCUUCGUCGACGUUUUCGCCGUGGCAGAACCCUCUUCUAGACUAUUUGAAGCACUACCAGGACGAGCUGAUCAAGCAGUACAGCCAGAAUUUGAGCAUGACGCAGCUGGGGCAGUUGAGUCAGAUGUUAACGCAGGGCCAAAUCAACAAUCCUUUGACGGCUUCGGCGAUAGCCAAUCAGUUCCUGGCCCAGUCCGGUCUGCUGAAUCCCACUGCUCUGGUGAAGCAGAUGGGAGCUGUGGGAGCGAUGGGUCAGAGCAACAGUGCGCAGUUCAUGGAGAGCUUGAACCAGCUGUCGCCCAGCUUGAGAAAGAAAUUGGGCGUGGAUCAGCUGAUGCCGAAUUUGGGUGCAGGUGGUAUUCCGACGCCUAAGAUACCUACUGUUCCAACCAAGAUGGUAGCACCUCACACAAUGACUACGCCGUCCGGCAUAAUACAGAGCAAACCGAAAACAAGUUCGUCUGCACCUAAACCAACUUCUUCUUCCGUCCUCAAGCAAAAUUCGUCGGUUCCAACUAAAUCGGUUAUAACAGAAUCUAUGAAGAGCAAGCCGAAAAAUCAACCCAUCUUGAAGAAUAUUUCUGCUAGCGCAUCAAUUUUCAAAGGGCCAGCUGUGAUCAAAACCAGUUCUGCAGAUGAAAAAACCGCCAAAGAUCUGAUGAAGGACAGGCCAAAUAUAUCCAUAACUCCGGUCUCUGGUGGUUUACCCCCACCACCUAGUAUUUCACCUAGCUUCAUGAGACCACCGGUUACUACGAGUCCGUCUGGUGGAAAAACUCUGCAAGAAAAACUGGCCGACAAGAAGAAAGAACAGCUGAACAAACUGAAAGCCGCCAGCAUGGAGUCUGAGAAACGGUCGGCGACCGAGAACGCCAUGAAAAACCUCAACAUCCCCCCCUCGCUGGGACUGACCGCCGCCUCCCCUGCUGUCGCCGCCCCCAAACACAACAAACUGCCCGCCGAUCUGACUUUGCCGCCCAGCAUUUCCGUGUCGAAAUCCAACGUGCCGUUGCCCGCUCCGAGGUUCUCCCCGGAAUCGGGCGUUUCCAUCAGUCAGGUUCGUAAAACUAAAACUAAAGAGAAGUCAGUCACAGCCCCCAAAAAAGACACCAACGAGAUUCUUCUCGAUGUUGGGCUCGGCCCAGAAGUAAACAUUUCGAAAGUCCCGAAGGAGAAAGUUUCCCCGAAUACUUCCGAGGAAAAACGAACGGAAAAGUCUUCGAAAAUAAUUACUACUGUACAAAAAAAGUCGAAGUCUGGUGAUCCUGAUGUAGGUUCUAGGGAGAAAGCUAAGCUAAUCGCGAGUGUUUUUAAAGAUAGGAAAAAAGAAAAAGUGAAAGUAAAUUCAGUUCAGUCUAAGAAACUUGUGACAUCUCAAAAAAGUGAUCUGUCUGAUGAUGAUGUGAUUUGUAUCGAUUGAUAAUUCUUAUUAGGUUUACAUAUUUAAUGCUGUUGAUCAGUAUAGUGAUUUUCUUAUGUUUAAUUUUGAUAUUUCAAUUGUGAGUUUGUUUGAAAAGUGAAUUUUGUGAUAAUUGUAAUCUUGAGAUGAUAAUCCUCAAUAAAUUUCUAUUUCUAGC